GUUUGCCAAGCCCGCGCUAACGCGGAUCAACAUAGCCCCGACUUGAAGUUCACAAGCUCCCGCUCGACCUCCGUUCUCCACAGCCAGUCAAGUCAUCUUUUCUUCACUUCAUCAAAGAACUGGGGAAAACUUGUGAGAUUCAAUAGUACCUACAAACCAACCCUUGGUUGGUCGCGCAGUACAGUUCAUAGAGUUGUUGGUCCCAAGUGAAGGACAGCGCGCAGCGAUACAAAUUCGAAGCUCUUGAGAUAGCUUUCAACUGUGACGUAUAUGCAACAUGGCUUUCACAGAUGAAGCUAUCAAAGCGAAGCUGGCUUCGCUCAAUGAAACCCAAGAAUCCAUCUCUGGUGUUUCGCAAUGGAUUAUGUUUCACAGGCGACAUGCCGAACGUACAGCACAAAUCUGGAUGCAGAGAGUCAAAGAAUCAACUCCAAACAAGAAACUUAGUUUGAUCUAUCUUGCCAACGAGAUCGUGCAACAGUCGAAGAUACGAAAGAAGGACGAAUUCCUCCGAGCAUACGACGCCAUCAUUGUCGAGGCCGCGGCCGCUGCGUAUAAAGGCUCUUCGAGCGAAGUACAGGGGAAGAUCAGGCGAGUGGUUGAAGUCUGGAGGGGACGACAGGUCUUCAAACAACAGAUACAGGAACAGAUUGAGGCAGCAUUGGAUGAAGUGGAUCGCUCCCGUCCCAGUAGAAAGCCUGCGUUGGGUGGUUCGCUGUACAGUAGCUCCUCUGUGCCACCGGAGCUUACCACGGUUGCUAAAGAAGCAACAAAUCUACAAAAAGCAGACGGUGUCGCUAAACCAGCUGUUAAAAUUGCGAGCCAGGAAUACGAAAAGCUAACGAACCCCAACAACCCAAUUCCUUCAGCAGCAGUCCACGCUGCCCGUCUCGCUGAUCUCGUAAAGAAGCUCGCAACUGCCGAAGGAGCUGUCGCCGAGAGCAUAAAGGCACGCCGGGAGCUUAUCACCGGACUGGAAAAGCUGCUGCAUACGAACCAAGAGAAACUAUCUGCCGAGGAGAAGCAAGUGACUGAGCUCAAAUCCCAAAAGGAUGCUAUCCAACUGCGGACCCGGGAGGUGGAGGAGGCUAUCAUCAAAGGUCUUCCGCCUGCAGAACAGAACGCCAUUUCCACCGCACCGUUGCCAGUUGGAUCUUCAAGGCCUUCCGCCCCUGGACGUCCCGACAUCGAAGAGCUCACACCUCCUCCCAUGGAAACAUUCACGCCGGUUGGCUCGCCCCAGCGAGAGGCUCAAUUGAACCCUGUUCCCGAUGAUGCGUUCCCAGAAGCCAUUUCACACCCAGUGGAGCCCAAUGCCGUAGUCCCACCAUACGGAUCAUCCACAUCGGGCCAGAUGCAGACUGCAAUCGGUGCUCUACCUGGGGCUGAUCUACUGAGCAGCCUCACGGCGCAUACCAGACCAGUUGAGGAUGGCACCAAUGGAGGAAGCCCCGUCUACGGAGGGAGUACAUUCAAGAAAAGGAAGACUAGCCAGAGCGCCAUGGACGAUGAGUAUGCGGCGUUUGCCGGAGAUGGAGAUCUGGAUGGAAUUGACGCCAACGUGGGCAACUUGAUAUGAGUAUGCGUUAUUGUGCUUGUCAAGCAAUGGGUUGGUUUCUGUUUUGUUACUGUAGGAUUACUCGACGAUUGCACAUGGCAAUGUCAUCGCCGCUUACUGGUGUAAGGACGAAAAGUUUUAGGAGUUAUCAGUUUCAUUGAGGCAACGGUAG